AUGGCGGACUCGCUGCUGGCGCCCGCGCUGAUUUCCUGUACGCCGCGGCACGCCAGUGCUCCUGCUCCUCCUCCGUCGCCCGUGGCAGUGGUCGCCCACAAGGUCUCAACGCCCAGCCUGGCUCGUUGUGGGGGUCCUUCGCCUGGAAAGCCCUGCGCCCACAAGAUGCCGCCGCUGGACCUCGCUGCGGUCGCCGCCUCCAGUCGCCACGCCCCCGCCGACUUCGACUCCACGAGGGACCGGAUGGGAUCGACGUGGACCUCCUGUAUGAGGAGCGCCGAGGCGCUGAGGCUGCAGACUCCGCCGGGCACCGAGAGGGACCCGUCGGCCGUGCAGUACCUGCGGCAGGGCCUGUACCCCGCGGAGCGGGUGGUCUACAAGGCCCCCCUCCCGACGGAAUCCAUCCUGUUCAACGGCCUGGUCGUGGAUCGCGCGAGUUCCGCCGCGAGGGCCAGGUCAAAGCACAGGGCCGCGCGCGACGACAGCUACAGCAAAGUGGUGCCCUCCCAUGGCGCCGCGACUCCCACGAUCACGACCAUGGCCUCCGAAGCAGGAGCGGAGGCCCCAUAG